AUGUCCCACAGUACCGUGAGUGGAAGCCAGUAUUGUCGUCUUUUCAGAUCAGCAAAGCGGAUUGUGGUUCUUCUUGUUGUUGUAGCUACUGACCUCUGCCAAGGUAGAAUCCAGAUGUACAUGCAGCAACAUUAGAAGAUCGUGAGCCCCUCCCAAACAUUGGUAAUCAUGGGCUUUGCACUGAUUUUCCUGAUCUACCCCUUUCUUUUGAGACGAGUUAAGAAAAAUGGCAAAAAGAUAUAGUCAAACAAAUUAUGGUGAAGUGAUAAGUUCAGAGCCUCUGCACCUUGAUUUCAUUCACUUCAACAGAGAUAUCUGUGUCGAAGCCCCUCAAAACUUGGAGUGAAGUUUCAAAGUCAUCCAUUAAGCCCAUCUUUGCCUACAAGAUAUAAUCACAACUUUACUUUAAGAAUUUUAAAAUGGCUGCUGAUAAAGGCUCUUCCCCAAAGAAACUUACCAGCCACCUGGGGGAUUCUGGGAUAAAAAACAGACCAGGAAUCAAAAGUGUGCAGGGCAAGAUCCCUGCACAAGGAGUAAAGAGAUUUCCGGUAAUGAUUCGUCAUGGGUGAUUAUUAUUAUGAUUUCAGUUAUGUUCAUCGACACUAGAAAUGCAUCUACCAAGCACGGCAAGUGCCCUCCAGUGUAGAAAUAAACCGAAGAGGUAGGCCAGCAUUAUCCCUAUAGUGACAGAUAGCUGCAGGAGAAGAAGGAUAAAUAGACAAUCAGAUUCAUAUAAAUCGUACUGUAGACGGAAUGAGCGUGGGCGGCAAAAAUGGCUUAGAAGACACAAGUAGGAAGGCUUUUAUCAAACAAGAAAUAGCACACCCAGGCCAACCUGAUUCACAGAACCGAGGCCACCCCUCCUGUUCUGUGGAGCUAUCUCUGCUAUAUAGACAGGCACCUAGUAACAGCCAAACGUUUAGGAGUGAGAUCCCACAGAACGAACAGGCCAUACGAUGGGAUUGAAGAUGAAGGGAAAUGUAGAAAGACUGACCACAUAGGAGAUCACACCCACACCAAACCCUUCCAGUAGCCGACCCAUGUACAAGAAGGAAGUGUCCUGCAGAGCAGGAGAAGUGACACACAUGUGGAAAGAGGCAAAACUUUAUUAAGGAGGAUCUUCAUGUCAGAGAUUCCUAGCAGCAUACCUUUGCAAAGGAUAUGGCGAGCCACCCGAUUAUGUUGGGGAUGGCGGCGAUCAUCAGUGACUGCAUACCCACAGAGAAACCAAUGCAUUACCGGUCGUUCGUGCACACGAAAAGAGAAUAGGAGCAAGGAUCCACCGACGGUACUUCUACUUCAGUUGUUCCCUGGUCAAUCCUCAGAGCCAUGAAUGAAACGGCUUACCCCCUUGCGCCCUACGUACUCGGCAAUCUGCCCGCUGGCGAUCGCCCCAACCAUGGCGCCCACGUUAGACAGAGAGCCGAAGAAGGAGAACUGUUCAAACGCGAAGUUUCAUCGAGCGCCCAAGAAAUCGAUCAGAGCCAUCACGGGCGAAAUUUACGAGAUCCAACGAGAGAAGAAGGUAAGGAUUGGGCAGGGACAGGGGAUUUCACCUCUGAAAGGGAGAGGCCAAGGUCGCUGAUGAUCUCGGCCUGGGUGGGCGAGGAGUAGCCGCACUGCGCUCAAAGGAUCGAGGAAUUGGGGCGGAGAUUGAAGGAGAAGUAUACAUAGACAAAGAGGGAGGGAGGGAAGGAGCGAGGGCGAGGAGUACUAA